AUGGGAAACUAUGAUAUUAGUGGAAGCACUAUGCCUGUCUACGUGGGAAAAUCAGGUUUUGCUGAUGAAGUUUUGAUGGACAAACAGUUACCCUUAUUUCAUGACGACGGCGAAUUCAGCCCGUACUCUGCGGAUAUUGGAGUUGGCGGGCUGUUACCUGACAACUACUGGGGGCCGUCUAUUACGGGGAGAUUGGGGGAUCCCCACAUCGUGUCAGAAGCACGACUUUUCAUCUUCCGGGUUGGGAGAUUUGACUCAGAUGUGUGGCCAUGCCCACAGAAUUACACCAUCGACCCUGGCUUCCAAGUUAACUUGCACGGGUACCGAUUUCCAGGAUAUUACACUGACUGUUUCGCAAUUGCGAAGAUGACGUACCGGGCGGGAGCCAUCACGUGUCAGAGUCGGAAUUGUAGACUUAUUUCUUCUACCAUUGUAGAAGCACAGCCCCCCUUUUCACUUGUCGGAGAUCCCUUAACUUCGAUGGCGUUGGCAUUGGCACCGUUGCUGUGUACCAAUUUCUUCUUUUCCAACUACGCUGUUCCCUCCAACUAUGGGACACGCAGAAACUUGGCCAUCGAGUUGACUUUGCGGGCGUAUCAGGCCGCUUGGGCAGCACUUUCGAACGUGCUGAUAACACUACAUCUGUGGGUGUGGGUGUUAGGCCUUCUUUUCACUUACUAUCAAAGCCAUUGUAACCACCCAUGGGUUGAAGACGUGGCCAUGGCUAUCACGAGAGCAGGUCUUGCCAACUUGUCAGAUGGUCAUCCAACGAAGCUGGUCAACGCUCAGUGCAGGUUAAUAGGAGACUAA